AUGGGUCUAUCCCUAGAUCAUGUUUCUACAUUCAGCGCUGACAACGCAAAUGUCAAUUAUGGCAGCCACAACUCGGUCUUCACAAAAUUGAGAGAGGUCAACAGUGAGAUCCUCCGUGGCAACUGCCAUGCCCAUAUUGUCCAUAACACACUGAAAAAGGCCCUGGACAAGCUCUCUGUGGAUGUGGAAAAUAUUGUCCUCAAGGCAUACGGUUUCUUUUCCAACUCUGCCAAAAGGAAAGAGUCCCUGAUGUUUUUUUUUUUUUUAAUUUUGUGAUGUUGAAAUCCAUUAAAUUUUUCGCCAUGUGGUGACAAGAUGGCUGUCACUCAACACUGCAAUCACCCGCCUGCUGCAGAACUGGGUCCCGCUGAAGUCCUAUCUCAUCAGCAUUGGUGAAGAAUGUCCAAAGCACCUGAAAGAAUUGCUGAGGUUGACUGAAGAUGCUGCUGGAGUUAAGGAAGAGCCAGACACUGUUGAAGUGUACCUCCUCUUCUGUAAUAAUGUCCUGUCCCUAUUUGAAGAGGUGGUGAAAAAGCUGGAGAAGAAUGUAACCACAUCCAUUGACCUCUUCUCUAAAAUGGAAUCUUUCCGGAGGAAACUAACUCAGAGAAGAGUUGAUCAGUUCUAUGGGUACCUAACCAAAUAAAAGCUCCAGCAUCUCUCACCAUCUCAUGCCGAUGUUGCAAAGCAGGAAUUCACAGACUUCUUAAACCAUGCCAUCACAUACAUUGAGAAGUGGUUUGAUUUCUCAGAGGAAAACUGUCUCUUCCACCUGCAGCCCCUCUCUCUAGCAUCUGGGAAGAUCUCCUUUGAUGAUAUGGACAUCAUAACCCACCGGCUUUGUCUGGUUGGCAGGUAAGAAUGAAACAUUUGCCAGUGUAGUGAUGGACCAUGUUUAAAUAUUAUCGAUGGUUAUAAAUAAAUACAAUGGAUAGAUAAUAUAUACCAAUAAAUACAUAAUCAUAAAUGUAGUUUACAGUAUACACAUAUAUGCAAUCUUUUAUACAUCUUACAAACUCAAACAGUUCAUAUACUUGAUAGAUACAUGGAUAAAUAGAGAGAAUAAUAAAUAAAUUAAACUGUAAGUAGUAUUAAAACUUACGAAUAUAAACAAUGAGAUUUUUUCCCAUUUAUUUACCAACGUAAAUGACAACUUUUCAUCUCUUCUGGUAGGCUGAGCAUGUCCAUGGAUGAUCAGUAUGAAGAAUGUGUAACCGCAAAAAGUCUUCUGGAGCACCUCACUCAGAAAAAGGAAACCUGGCAGUCCAAAGGAACAGCAGAGAGGUAG